AUGCGCGUCGGGGCGCUGCAGAGCCCGUCGAACAAGCUCCUGCCCUUUGCUGACUACCGCCGGGGCAACGUGAAGCGGGCCAAGAAGGUCGAGGGCCUGUCCUGCGACGUCGACUGGUCAGGUGACGAGGAGUCCAACAGCGACCCGCUCCGUUUCCAGACCGACAGUCAGGCCAAGGCAUCGGCACCCGUUUCGACUCUGACGCCAUCUGCAACUCCUUCGACUUCGGUGAGCGACACAGAGUUGGAGAUGCGCAGGGUCAACACCCUUGGAGAUAUUUUCCAGGACAGCGCGCGCUUGGAGUUUUGCCGGCAGGUCAGCAUGUGCAGCGACACGGGGUCGGUGAGGCCCUUGAACGAGGGCCAGACGGGCGAGGUCUUCGCCGUUGUCGACGAGGGCGGUGAGAAGGUGGCAGUGUUCAAGCCGGCUGGCCGAGAGCACUUCCACAGGCGGGACCUGUUCCCGGGCCAGGGCGCCAUCCGCGAGGAGGCCGCCUACAUCAUCGACCGCCUCUGCGGCGGCGUGGCGGGCCUGCCGAUCACUGCGCGCACGACCCUGGAGGCAGGUGAGGCAGACGACGACAGCAUCUUACGCACCAGCUGCUGCUCGCUUUGCGGCCGCACCCUCACGAGGCGGUGCGGCCGGCGCACGCCGCUGCGAUGGGCGGCGUUCAGGUCGAGGGUUGCCGCCAAGAUAUUGCCCAGGCCGACUUGA